UGGGCGAGGAGCGGGGAGCAGCCAUGGCCCCCCCCGCGCAGCCGGGGGUGCCGGGCGGGCGCGGCUCUAAGGUGCCCCCGGCGCGGAAGCUGCUCUGCAUGUGCAGCCUCUCGCUCUGCCUCACCUACCUGUGCUACAGCUUGAUGGGGGGCGCGGGCCCGGCCGCCCUGCGUUCCCCGGCCGCGCUCCCCGCCACGGCGGCCCCCGGCGCCCCGCGUUCCCCGGCCGCGCUCCUGGGCACGGCAGCCCCGCGCUCCCCUCCCGGCCCGCCCGGCAGCGCCGCUGCCCCCACCGCCUCCGCCGCUCCGCCGCGGGCCUCCAACGGCAGCCGGGACGCGGGCGCCUGGACGCGGACGCCGCUGGCCCCCGGGGAAGCGAUCGCGGCGCAGAGCGGAGCCUUCGAGAGAGACCCGCAGGAGUCCAGCACCACGGACGAGGAGCUGAGCCGCGCCGGGAGCCGCGGCACCACGCCGGACUACGGCGAGAAGCGGCUGCCGCAGGCGCUCAUCAUCGGGGUGAAGAAGGGCGGGACGCGGGCGCUGCUGGAGGCCAUCCGCGCUCACCCCGACGUGAGGGCUGUGGGCACCGAGCCCCACUUCUUCGACCGCAACUACGAGAAGGGGCUGCAGUGGUACAGGGACGUGAUGCCCAAGACAUUGGAAGGCCAGAUCACCAUGGAGAAAACCCCCAGCUACUUUGUGACCAACGAGGCCCCCAGGCGCAUCCACUCCAUGGCCAAGGACACCAAGCUGAUCGUGGUAGUUCGCAACCCAGUCACCCGCGCCAUCUCGGACUACACGCAGACGCUCUCCAAGAAGCCAGAGAUCCCCACCUUUGAGGUGUUGGCCUUCAAGAACCGGACCCUGGGGCUGAUUGACGCUUCCUGGAGCGCCAUCCGCAUCGGCAUCUACGCUCUGCACCUGGAGAACUGGCUGCAGUACUUCCCCCUCUCCCAGAUCCUCUUUGUCAGUGGUGAGAGGCUCAUCACAGACCCAGCUGGGGAGAUGGCCAAGGUCCAGGACUUCUUAGGCCUCAAGAGGAUUGUGACAGAGAAACAUUUUUAUUUUAAUAAAACCAAGGGGUUCCCCUGUCUAAAGAAGCCGGAGGACAGCAGUGCUCCCCGGUGCUUGGGCAAGUCCAAGGGUCGGACUCACCCCAAAAUAGACCCUGACGUCAUCCACAGACUGCGGAAGUUUUACAAACCAUUCAAUGUCAUGUUUUACCAAAUGACAGGCCAGGAUUUCGAGUGGGAGCGCGAAGAAAGUGAGAAGUAGAACCAAGAAAUCGGGAAGAGAGCUCUUUCCUUUUGAGAUGUGAAUCAUCCUUAGAGACCCGGAACUCAUGCAGGGCUGAAGGCUUGGGCUUGUAAGCACAACACUCGCGUGGUUGGGGCUGCAGCUGGAGGUGAACAGCAUGGCCAGCUCUGAAACCUUGGUGAUGUGUCACCUCUAGGGUGUUUGGCCUGGGCUCUAUCCUCCCGAGGGAUCAGGGAAUGGGCAGGAGGAGAAGGUGUGGUGUGGGUGAUGGGCGCUUCGUGUCCACGUUCUGCUGAUGGCGUGUCCCUGUGCCACGCAGGCAGCAGCAGGAGGUGUGCAGAACCCAGCAGCACCACAAACCAAGAGGUCUGAUUUCCCCUGCCCUGGCUUAAAGUUUUGCUCACGCAGCAGCAUGAGAUCUGGUGAAUUCAGGCCGUGCAUUCACAAGCACCUUGGCAUUUGUAUGUGGAAGGAAUAAAGCCAGUUAUGCUGCAAAGGAACUCUGUACAGAAACAUAAUUUGCACCAGAUGUUCCAGUUACUUGUUGCACUAAAACUCGUAUUUACCAAGUGCCACAAAUCCUGGGCGCGAUUCUCCUCUCACUGGUGACCGUUGCUCCACUGAUGGAAGAGAACCGUUCUGAUGUAUGGGGAGAGAACCUUUCUAAUUUAUAGGGCUGCUCAGUGAGACCAGAAUCGGGGCCUUCCCCCCACAUCCCAAGGCCUCACUGCAGGUCUUGGGCACUGCCUGGGGGCCGGGCACUCUCCAUGGGAUCCCGGCCAUGGGGACAGCUUUCCCACCGUGGCCCUGGUAUUGUGGCUCAUGUGCACCUCGUGGACCUGCUCCUGCUGCUGGCUGCUGCCAACGGGCUGUGCGAAGUCCCAAAGCAGCCUUUGUCUUCACUUCAAAUCCGUUACAAAAAAGCAAUUAAUUCCCAGGGUGAGCACUGCUCCACAAACAUAUGUGUGUGUUCUAGUGGAAAUGACCGAGUCAUACGCUCAGCCAAAUUUGCAAAUCCUGGUAGAAGCUAUGGAACAAACCCAUAUCUUAACUGAAUCCUCAGCAGUGCGCUGAGAGCUGCGUGCUGGGACCGGCGGAGAGCAAGGCAGCAGCACUUGGAAACAGCUGCUGCUUUCCUGACCAUUAUCGAGAGAAAAACAGGAAGAGAGAGAGCAAAAGAAAAGUGAAGAGCUAUUGCUCCCCUUGUACGGGUGAUUUCUAGCACAAGUGUUGCUCCUGUCCUCCUGUAGUACUGCGGCUGCUGCACAGCUCCCAGUGCCUCACAGGAGUAGCAGAGAUGCAGUGUGAGGUGGCUUUGGGAGGACCAGGACUCAGUUCUGAUUAUGGUGGGAAGAAAACCCCACUGAUCCAACUAACCAAAUGAAAACAGUGUUUCAUUAGCUAAAAAGCUGAACCUGCUCUGGGUUUCAUGGUCUGUCAUGUGGGUCAUUACACUAAAGGCAGUGCUGGUGCCUUGGACCGGGAGAAGAAAGAGCUGGAUUCAUUCUGAAAAUUGCACUGUGUAGGGGUACAGCACAGCUCUGUGCUGAGCAGCUCCCUGCUGAAGUUACAUCAGCUUCCAUCGUUCUGGAUUAGGUUUCAAAGCAGCUCCUGUCCUGGCAUAACAGUUUUUUACUGAUCCUCAGACCCCCAAAUUAUUGUGUGAUAAUUGGAAGUAUGUAAUAGGAAUAACCUCAUGGUGUGUCACAUGCUGUUAAAAUGUCAUACCUUCUUCCGAGCGUGGGCUGCCCCAGUGCCACACAGUGUGAGCACUCAGCAGGAGGACAAGGUCUGGGGCACUGCAUCACACAUCUCCUCCGUGACAACACCUGGACUCUCCAGGAGACCCACACUCGCGUCCUGCCACCCUCCUGGUCCACACUUUUUGCCAUAUUUGCAGAGUUUUAUUUUUUAUACCAGCCACAACCUCGAGCCCAAGGCUGGGAGCACACGUGGCACUGAGGGGUCAGGCUGUGGGGCUGUGCUCUGCUGACUGAGACGUGGCUGCUCUGUGCCCCAAACGCGUGCGUCUGCAUCGCCAACGUGGAGCUUUGACAGAGGAGUUGUUUGGCCAGAGAGCGGCCUGCCAAAAGAGAGAGUCAGGUUAAUAAUACCUUUUUAAAAAACCUAUUCAAAUGUCAGCAUUACAAUACACAGGAAAUUGAAUUUUGUAUUUGAUUUCAAUUAGCAAAGCAUAAAUUAUAUUUAAUUUUAUACACAGACGGGUGAUUCAUUGUUCUGGAGGGCUGGUGCUGCAUGGUGCAGAGACUGAAAAUGGAGUGUUGUUGGUCUUUUCUGAACCCCAGUCACUGUGCUCUCACCACCUCCCAAACGUGUCUCUGUCUGUCCGUGUCCCUCUGUACUACACAGUGUGA